AUGCCAUCGCCCAUCUUGCUGCUCGGCCUGGCGGCCGUCUUGGCCCCGCUGUCGGCAGCCCAUACUAUCUUUACCACUCUCUUCGUCAACGACGUCAGCCAGGGCGACGGGACCUGCAUCCGCAUGCCGCACAACGGGGGCACCUGCACGUUUCCCAUCGCCGGUCUCGACAGCCCGGACAUGGCAUGCGGCAAAGACGGGCAGAACGCAGUCGCCUUCAGCUGCCCGGUGCCCGCGGGCGCCAAGCUGACGUUUGAGUUCCGCGCGUGGGCCGACAAGUCGAACCCGGGCGCCAUCGACGCGUCGCACAAGGGCUCGGCCGCCAUCUACCUCAAGGCCGUCGCCAACAUGAGCGACGGCGCGGCUGCCGGCGCUGCCGGCGACGGCUGGUUCAAGCUGUGGGCCGAGGGCUACGACGAGGCGGCCCAGCUGUGGGCUACGGACAAGCUGAUCGCCAACAACGGGCUGCUGAGCGUCGCGCUGCCACCCGCCGGUCUCGCCGACGGGUACUACCUGCUGCGCACCGAGAUCCUGACCCUGCAGAACGUCACCAACAACGCCGUGUCGCCGCAGGUCUUUGUCGGCUGCGCCCAGCUGUUCGUCCAGGGGUCAUCCUCAGCCUCAGCCUCAACCUCUUCCGAAAUCCCCACCGUCGCCAUCCCCGGCCACCUGCACGCCUCGGACCCGGGCCUGACGCUAAACAUCUAUCAGCAGCCGCUCAAACUGCCGUACAUCGUCGCGGGGCCACCCGCCUGGAUCCCACCCACCACCAAAUCUGCCAACAUAAAACAGCAAAACACCGCCAGCAGCACCCCAUCCGACGCCGUCCCCGCAUCCUGCCUGCUCAAAAACGGCAACUGGUGCGGCUACGAACUGCCGGCCUACACGACCGAGACGGGCUGCUGGGACAGCGCGGCCAACUGCUGGGCGCAGGCCGACGCGUGCUACAAGAGCGCGCCGCCGUCGGGGUACGGCGGGUGCGUGGCGUGGAGCAAGCGAAAGUGCCAGGUCGUGGCGGACGCGUGCAGCGCGCGGGCGUUCGUCGGGCCGCCGGCGCAGGGCCAGAAGAUUGUUACCGGCGAUCCGGAUGUUGACGGCGGUGUUGAUGCGGGUGUCGCGAAGAUUCCGGCGGCGGUUAAUGCGGCGAAUGCUGGUGAUGCUGUUCAGCAGACGGUUUCGGCUUCGACUACGGCGGCUGCGGUAGAGGCUUCUCCGGGCCCGGCGGUCGUCGUGGUUGAGCCUGGCUCAGCGUCGGCGUCGGUGUCGGAUGGUUGCCAGCAGCCGCAGCGAAGGCGGACGCGGAGACGGCUUUAA